AUGGCUGAAUCUAAUCCUCAAGCUGGUGACACCGGCCCACCGAAAGGCAUCCCGGCUCUCAAAGCACAUGUGAUCGCUAACAAAAUAGAUGUGGCGUUGUGGGGAAUCAGAUUGCUUACUGUAUUAUGUACAUUUGGAUAUGUACUGCCGGUUUUUAACAAUUCGGUAUCAGCUUUCUACAAGGCUCUCCUCGCCAACGCAGCCACGUCGGCACUGAGGCUGCACCAACGCAUCCCAGCGAGAGAAAUCUCUCUCUCCCGGGAGUUCGUCAACAGAUUCUUCCUCGAAGACAGUGCUCACUAUCUAUUCUACUCAUUGAUAUUCAUGAACGUGGCGCCAAAUUUGUUGAUACUGACGCCGAUCUUCUUAUUCGCUCUGUUGCACGCGGCGUCCUACUCACUCACGAUACUGGACACCCUAGGACAGAAUUCUAUGUGGGUCGCUCGUCUGCUCAUCUCGCUGGUGGAAUUUCAGUCCAGGAAUAUUCUGAGAGUAGCGGCCCUCGCUGAGAUAGUGCUCUUCCCGCUCGUCGUGUUCAUGGCGCUAGUUGGUUACUGCGGCCUGAUGACGCCGUUCGUGUAUUACUAUUUCGUGACGUGGCGCUACACGUCUCGCCGUAAUCCCUACACGCGUAAUACGUUCCGUGAGUUACGUUCGGCGGCCGAGCGCGCGGCCUCCAAGCCCGCGUUGCCCGGAGCCCUUCGCUCCGCCAUACUCGCGGCCGUGCAACUAGUGUGCCGCCUGGCGCCGCCCGCCGAGCCACAGCCGCAGUGA